AUGGCUAUUGAUAUAGCAUUUUCGUUGGCUAACGCCAAAUCGUCAGUUGUGCAUCCUGGUGGGACAAGGGAGCAUUUCAUUAGGUGUUCAUCAGAUUGGCUCUCGCCGCAUUCACAUGUGUCAGGUCCUUCUUGGUAUCCCCAUUUCACAAUGUUGACUCUUGUCUUUGCUACUCCGGCUCUUAGCCUGUUUAUUGUUUUUCAUAAGGGCCAUGGUAGGUUUCCACCUGGUGGUAGUCGUUCAUNGGUGGGGCAAGUGCAUCCUGGUGGGGCAAGGGAGCAUUUCAUUAGGUGUUCAUCAGAUUGGCUCUCGCCGCAUUCAUGUUCAUCAGAUUGGCUCUCGCCGCAUUCACAUGUGUCAGGUCCUUCUUGGUAUCCCCAUUUCACCAUGUUGACUCUUGUCUUUGCUACUCCGGCUCUUAGCCUGUUUAUUGUUUUUCAUAAGGGCCAUGGUAGGUUUCCACCUGGUGGUAGUCGUUCAUCAGGUAGGACAGGUGAUUUAGCUCGUAGCUCUCUUCAUUUGCGUAUUCGAAGUUGGUCGGGAGGCUCUUGGAUCGCAUUUGUGCUAGCGAUAAAACUUUUUCUUGAUUUAAGUCUUCUUUGGGGCUCUAAAUAA